AUGUCCAUCAAAUUCAUGCUGCUAGUGUCGCGGCAAGGCAAGAUUAGAUUGACAAAAUGGUUCAUGUCUGACUGGAGCACACGGGAAAAGACAAAGGCUGUCAAGGAAGUCAGUACAACCGUCCUAUCCCGCAAGACUAAAAUGUGCAAUGUGUUAGAAUACAAGGAUUACAAGGUCGUGUAUAGGAGAUACGCCAGUUUAUUCUUUGUCGCCGGUAUUGACGUGGACGACAAUGAACUGAUGGUACUUGAAGUCAUUCACCGAUAUGUCGAAGUCCUGGAUAAAUGGUUUCUGAAUGUCUGUGAACUCGACAUUAUCUUCAACUUCCAACAAGCUUAUAUGAUUAUGGACGAACUACUUAUUGGAGGUGAAUUACAAGAGUCAAGCAAACGAGCUGUAAUAAACACAUUGAAGCGGAUGGACGAGUCUGAAAAACAAGAGAUACCUCCUAGUAGCCAAGGUUGA